UAUAUCUCAUUCUCUCUUGUCUCUGCAUAACCUGCAAACUUCUUCAGUGAUCAUGGCUAAAUCGCAGACCCUCCACAAAUAUUUUUUCAUUUUUCUAGCACUAGUUGCCUACCAUGGUUUCCUUCUAGCACAUGGCAGGAAAAUAAAUAUAAAGCCACUGAACCAACAUUCCCUACCAAACACAAAAACCGUAGCCAAUAAUGUUCCAUUCGGUGAAUACGAGGAAGCUAGAAAAUUGGAAGAUUCAGGUGCAGGCAACACAAAUGCUUUCCGACCCACUACACCAGGAGGGAGUCCAGGUGUUGGGCAUCAAGUAAUUACAUCAAAAGAUAACAACAUGAAAUCAUUGUUAGCAGUUCAGAGCCCAGAUGCUAAGGUUUCCGUGACUGAGGAGUCAAAAGAUGAUGAUUUUAAACCUACCGAUCCAGGUCACAGCCCGGGCGUUGGUCAUGCUGACAAAAACAAAAUUGGACACGACAAUUAAUUACUGCAUGCUCGUCUGAAACUAUAUGUCAUAUUGGUUUUCCUUCUCCACAAAACUCUAUAUUCUUGCAUGCGACCGUAGUAGGGUCGUGGCUUUUAUUUGUUAUUGCUUGGGAUCAAUUUCUUAGAAUUUGUCUGUAUUUACAAUUGCAGGGUUAACUUCAUGUGUAAUGCAAAUUUGAAAAUAAA